AUGAAUUAUCAAUAUGCAGAGGGAAUGUAUCUUUUGAAAAUGGCACUGAUGGUUCAAUUGAAUGGAAAUUUUGCAAGUUCGGGUCUUUGUUUGGCUAUUGCCAUUCCUGAUAAGGCCUUAGAGCUUGGAAUCAUAAACAGCCGCCAUGAAGCCUUCAUCACUUCCAAAUUUUGGUGCAACAAUGCUCACCAUGACCUUGUCCUUCCAGCUCUCAAGACCAUACUCAAGAAACUUGGGUUGGACUAUUUAGACCUCUACUUGAUUCAUAUGCCAGUGAGGUUGAAACCUGAAGCUGAUGGAGUUCUUGAAAUAAGAAAGGAUGAUUUACUUCCCUUUGACAUAGAAGGAACAUGGGAAGCCAUGGAAGAGUGUCAAAGAUUAGGCUUAGCCAAAUUCAUUGGUGUAAGCAACUUUGGCAUUAAAAAACUCACAUGGCUCUUAGAAAAUACAACUAUUCGUCCUGCUGUCAAUCAAGUGGAAAUGAGCUCAUCAUGGCAACAAGGAAAACUCAGAUAAUUUUGCAAGCAGGAAGGAAUCCAUUUGGCUGCAUGGUCACCAUUAGUAUCUUACACAAAAUCUUGGGGUACUAAUUCAGUUAUGGAGAGUCCAAUCAUUAAUGAAAUAGCCACUUCUAGACACAAGAGUUUAACCAAGUUGGAAUCUCUGAAUCUGAAGUGGUGUAAUUGCAUAAUAGAUGUCGAUAUGAAACCUCUAUCAGGUUGGUUUCAUAUUCUUCUGUAUUUUCUCAUUGCUAAAGAAGGAAUAGAAAGCUCCGCUUUCUGGUUUUCUCUUGGAGGAAAACAGAAUUACACCAGCAAAAAAGUCAACAAUGACAUUAUCAGAGAACCACAUUUGUUUAGUUUCUCUUUUAAUAGAGGAAAGUUUCAGAGCUAUAUAGAUAAGGCUGUAUCACUGGAGGGACUAUCUCCUUGGGUACCGCUAUAUAAAGUAACAGAAGGGAAUGAACCAUGCUUUUUCACAACAUACUUUCCAUGGGACCAUGCUAAAGCUUCGGUUCAGGGGAACUCUUUCCAGAAAAAGGUGACAUUACUCUUCGGGAUUCGCCAUGCUGUAGAGAAAAAGUCUAAUGGGCCAAGUCAAGGGGGACCAAGACAAAGAGCUGAAGCUUUGGCUGCCUUGUCUAAUGCCUUUAAUUCAUCUUCUGAUAUGACAUCCAGUAUGUCACAGGAUAGAUUGAAUGGGCUGAAUUAAGGAGGAUCAAGACAAAGAGCAGAAGCUUUGGCUGCUUUAAACUAUGCAUUUAAAUCAUCAUCUGAAACCAAAAGUUCUAGCCCUAAGACAACUGGAAGAAGUCAAGGAUCACAAAGAGCAGCAGUAGUAGCUACUCUCUCUCAAGUUCUUACUGCUGAGAAGAAGAAAAAAUCACCUGAUUUUUCUCCUGUGAAAACCAGAAGUCCUGUUGUGGAAACUAGCACUUCCGGUGAGAAAUAUAGCUCUUAGUGGCUAAGUUAAAUGUGGCACAAAAGAAAGAUUAGCUAUUAUGAGAAGGUUAGAGCGUCAAGUAGUUCUAGUGCAGUUCCACUACCACCGCCGCCACCCUCAAUGUCUUCAGAUGAGGACUAUGAUGAUGAUGAGGAUGAACAUGAUACUGAAGACUAUA